AGGGCAAAUCCCCGGUCUUAGCCGGAGCGCCUUCCCUUGGUGAGAUUAUAUCAGCCCGGCCUGGACAGCUCCCGCAGCCAUGGAUGCCGCUCUGCUCCUGAACGUGGAAGGGAUCAAGAAGACCAUUCUGCACGGGGGCUUGGGGGAGCUCCCAAACUUCAUCACCGGAUCUCGAGUGACCUUCCAUUUCCGCACCAUGAAAUGCGACGAGGAGCGGACCGUGAUCGAUGACAGCAAGCAGGCAGGGCAGCCCAUGCACCUGAUCAUCGGGAACAUGUUCAAGCUGGAGGUCUGGGAGCUCCUGCUGACCUCCAUGCGUGUCCGCGAGGUGGCUGAGUUCUGGUGUGACACCAUCCACACGGGCGUCUACCCCAUCCUGUCCCGGAGCUUGCGGCAGAUGGCGGAGGGCAAGGAUCCCACCGAGUGGCACGUGCACACGUGCGGGUUGGCCAACAUGUUCGCCUACCACACGCUGGGCUAUGAGGACCUGGAUGAGCUGCAGAAGGAGCCACAGCCUCUGGUCUUCGUGAUCGAGCUCCCGGGCCAGGUGGAGGCCCCGAGCGAGUACCAGAGGGAGACCUGGAACCUGAGCAACGCGGAGAGGAUGCAGGCGGUGCCCAUCCUUCAUGGGGAAGGAAACCGGCUCUUCAAGCUGGGCCGCUACGAGGAGGCCUCCACCAAGUACCAGGAAGCCAUCGUCUGCCUGAGAAACCUGCAGACCAAGGAGAAGCCCUGGGAGGCGCAGUGGCUGAAGCUGGAGAAGAUGAUCAACACCCUCACCCUCAACUACUGCCAGUGCCUGCUGAAGAGGGCGGAGUACUACGAGGUGCUGGAGCACACCAGCGACAUCCUGCAGCACCACCCAGGCAUCGUGAAGGCCUACUAUGUGCGGGCCCGGGCUCACGCUGAGGUGUGGAAUGAGGCAGAGGCCAAGGCAGACCUAGAGAAGGUGCUGGAGCUGGAGCCCGCCAUGCGGAAGGCGGUGCGCAGGGAGCUGAGGCUGCUGGAGAGCCGCCUGGAGGAGAAGCGGGAGGAGGAGCGGCUGCGCUGCCAGCACAUGCUGGGCUAGGGCGGGCGCCUACUGGGUAGGGGGGAUCCCAUCCUGCCUCCCACCAGGACACCCCCCACCGUGCUGACCCCCCUGUGCCCACCGGACAGCCCGGCAGUGGGCAGUCAGCAGAUGGCCUGGCCAUUUCUGGUUCAGUUGGCCAAUGUUUUGGUGUCACAUUUUACAGUUUAAAAUUAAAUUUUAAAAUCAAUUUCAUACCUACCGCUGGCAAAAAUAAAAGCCCAAAGGUAAUGAA